UAAUCUUACGUACAUCGCGCCGACUGCUCGGUGGUCGUUAUCGAGAAAACAGACGGUGUUUACUCUUGGCUGAGUUCCACCGACAAACGAAAAGAACGAAAUCCCCAAAGUAUCCGUGGGGAACGAUCCGUGACGAAACCGAGUUCUUUUUCGCGCGUUGAUUACUUCGACUUACUUCGAGGAAUUAUCCUCCCAUCGCGGGUGCGCACGGAAUUUCGCGAUUGGGUUGGGUUGGAAAACAGCCUUGUUCGCUGGACCUCGACUAAUGUUGACGUAAUACUUGUUGCGUUUAUUUUCCUCGGAUUUUUAAUACGGUGAAAAGUGUGAGACGUAAUGAAAAUAAUGGUGGUGUUAAAGCGAAUGAUUUGACGUCGUCUCGAGUAUUUUAUCAAAACCGUACGGUUUCAUCUUUAGCGACUUAAGCCUUUUUCGGAGCUUUUUCUUUAAGCAAGUUUGGAAGUUAGUGCUGGAAAGAAAUUGAAAAGAAACUGAGAAGUAAAGGUCGAACGGAAACACGUGGAUGAAGCGGUGGCUGCGGUCGAUGGAUUUGUCAGAAAUCAGCUGGACAUCAGGGGUAGUCACAUGUUCGCGUAACGCUGUUAGAUGAAUUACGUGAUACUCGUUACCUACAGGAAAAUAUUCCACGGUCUGUUAGCGUGAGCGGUUCGACCUAUGAUUAGUGAUUGGGUAAGAUUCGCUCUUUUGCGUUGGAGAAUGAUUUCGUACGGUACUUUAGCGACGCGACGGGAAACAUUCUUGGUUCCGUGUGCGGAUCCGGAAGAAUCGCUGGACACAUGGUUCGGUCGACCAAAAAAGUCCGGGCGUGGAGGUGGGGUCAGAAGUGGUUCGGGAAACCACACGAUGCCCCGACCCCAUUCUGGCGAUGACUUCAACGAAAUUGAACAACAACGUUCCAUCAUUGAAAGAAUGGACGAGGAAGCGGUCAAUGACAAAUUCGAGGAGAUGCUGGCCAACAUGAAUCUGACGGAGGAGAAGAAGGAGCCGCUGCGGCAGCAAUCGGAAUCGAAAAAGAAAGAAAUGUUGGUGCUCCAUUACAAAGGUAGCAUACAGGAGAACAGGUCGAAGUUCGAUAAACCUGCGGAUUAUAUUCAGUAUCUGGCGCAACCCGAUCUGAGCGUAAACAAAAUCUACAGUUGCGUCGAAUCGUUGAGAAUAGCGUUGACCAACAAUCCACUCAGCUGGGUGCAAGAAUUCGGAACGAAGGGACUGAAACAGGUUUUAGCGACGCUGAACGAGUGCUAUCGGAAUGCCUUCAUAUAUUACGAUAGCGACAAUCGGUACGAGCGUAUACAGUACGAAUGCAUACGAUGCUUGAAGGCUAUUAUGAACAACACUGUCGGCAUAAAGGAAAUGUUGGCUCACCAUGAGGCGCUAACAAUCGUGGCCAGAUCACUGGAGCCGACGAAACCGUCCGUCAUGUCCGAGGCUGUGAAACUGCUCGGCGCCGUUUGCCUUAUCUCGAGCGACAGUCAUAAAAAGGUUUUAGACGCGAUCACCAUGAAUGGAGAGUUCAAGGGCAGAGAGAGAUUUCUGCCGAUUGUUCAGGGAUUAAUGAAAAAGAAGAACGAAAAUUUGAGGGUCGAGUGCCUCCAACUGAUAAACUCCAUCAUCUCCUCGGCGGAAGAGUUGGACUUCAGAUUGCAUUUGCGGAACGAAAUCAUGCGAGUGGGUCUGGCGGAUAUUCUAGAGAUGCUGGAGAAGGACGAAUCCGAAGAUCUGGCGAGGCAUCUGAAGAUCUUCAGCGACCACAAAGAGGAGGAUUACGAAGAGUUCGUGCAGAGGUUCGAUCACGUCCGAUUGGAGCUAGACGACGUGAACGAUUGCUUCGAGGUGAUUAAAAACAUGGUGAUGGAGACGUCGGCUGAACCAUACUUUUUGUCUAUACUUCAACAUCUGCUGUUCGUCAGAGACGACGCCUCGGUGAGGCCUGCGUACUACAAAUUGAUCGAGGAGUGCGUGUCGCAAAUAGUGCUGCACCGUUCAGGCUGUGAUCCAGAUUUUAGCGCGACCAAACGGUUUCAAAUCGAUGUGCAACCGCUGAUAGAUACGUUGGUCGAAAAGUCACGGGCGGAGGAGGAGAGGCGGCUGGUCGAGGUGACGCAAAAAUUGGAAGAAGCGAUAGCCAGUAGGCAGGAGGCUGAGGCGAAACUUCAGCACGCGGAGAACAAGAUCAGGGAGUUGGAACAGGGACGACCUGGUGGCGGGAAAGUUGGAACGGGUCCAGCUCCGCCCGGAAUGGGAGGUCCUUUACCACCUCCACCUCCUCCGCUUCCGAACAUGGGAGGACCAGGAGCUCCACCACCACCUCCGCCACCUCCAUCUUUCGGUAUGAAUGGUCCACCGCGUCCACCCGCGAUGCCUGGCUCAAUGGGGCCACCGCCACCUCCACCUCCACCUAUGCCAGGUGGGCAACGUGGUCCUGCCCCUCCACCGAUGCCUGGCAUGGGUGGCCCAGCUCCACCGCCUAUGAUGCCCGGAUUCACUCCGCUUGGAGGUCCUCAACCACUGCCUUUAGGCCUGAAACCCAAGAAGAAGUGGGAAGUCGAGGCACCGUUGAAAAGAGCAAACUGGAAGGCGAUUUUACCGCACAAGCUUACCGAAAAAUCGUUCUGGACGAAAGUGCAGGAAGACAGAUUGGCGAGUCCCGAAAUACUGAACGGUCUGGCCCAGAAGUUCGCGUCGAAGCCGAGUGGAAAGAGAAUCGACGACGUCGUAGACAAGUCAGCUCCAGCGAAAAAGACAAAGGAUCUAAAAGUCCUCGACAGCAAAGCCGCGCAGAAUAUACUGAUACUUAUCAGUGGGACUCUGAAGCACAUGUCUUUCGAACAGGUGAAGUCGUGUUUGCUGAAGUGCGAAGGGUCUGUUAUAUCGGAGAAUGUACUGCAAGGAUUGAUACAGUAUUUGCCACCACCUGACCAGCUAACGAAAUUGCAGCUUUACAAAGACCAGUAUGACGAUUUGACGGAAGCUGAGCAAUUUUGCGUUACCAUAUCAACGAUCAAGAGGCUAUUGCCAAGACUGAGAUCGUUGAGCUUCAUGUUACGAUACGAAGAACUGGUGCAAGACGUAAAGCCGGAUAUAGUAGCGGGUACAACGGCAUGCGAGGAGGUGAAGGGCAGCAAAAAGUUCGCGAAAAUUCUUGAACUGAUUUUGUUGCUCGGCAACUACAUGAACUCUGGAUCGAAGAAUGGUCAGGCGUUCGGAUUCGAGAUCAGUUUCCUCACGAAGUUGACCAGCACUAAAGACAUCGACAACAAGCAAACUCUUAUGCACUACUUGGUGGACACGAUAGAACGGAAGUUUCCAGAGUGUCUUAGCUUUCCGGAAGAGCUAGGGCACGUGGACAGAGCUGCCCGCGUAUCGUUAGAGAAUGUCCAAAGGACGCUGCGGCAAAUGGACUCGAACAUCCGGAAUCUCGAGCAGGAUCUAUCGAAUGCCAAAGUCCCUCAGUCUAACGACGAUAUGUUUAUCGAUGUUAUGGGUCCGUUCGCGAAGAAAGCCCGCGAGUCGUACGAAGUUAUGCAGAACAUGUUCAAGAACAUGGACAGUCUGUACACCGAGAUCUCGGAGUUCUUCUCCUUCGACAAACAGAAAUACACGAUAGAGGAAUUCUUCGGCGACAUAAAAACAUUCAAAGACGAUUUCAUGCACGCGCAACGCGAGAUAAUAAAACUGCGGGAGAGCGAGGAGAAGCAGAGAAGAGCGAGGGAGGCACGUGAAAAAGCUGAAGUCGAGAAAGCGGCACGAGCAGCCCGUAAACGCGCUCUGGUCGACAUGAACGCUCACGAAACUCAGGAAGGCGUUAUGGACAGCUUAAUGGAGGCGCUGCAAACCGGUUCCGCGUUUAGUCGACCGGAUCAACGACGCAAACGUCAAGCACGCGCCGCUGGUGCAGAGAGAAGAGCUCAACUAAAUAGAAGUCGAUCGCGAACAGGAUUAGUCGGGACUGGUUUACUGGGAAGAGAACUUUCGACAGAACUUUUAAGCUCGGCAUAAUCCAUGGGAUAACCCGUUUCCGUCCUAAACUCGAUACUGUGAUGGAUCGAAUCGUUCGAUACACGUACACCCGAACGAUGUAUACAUAUAGUAUAUAUAAGCAGAAUACAAUUUUAAAGUCGUGCGUCGAUCAUUUCGCAGAACUUUUCUUUCACGGAGUUACACAUUUCCUCGUGUUUGUGAUUCAAACGGACAAUGUCUUCCUACUGCUGGCUGAAACUAUUCGAAACGAAUCGUUAUAAGUAUAUAAAUAUAUAUAAAUACGGUACGAAUGAGGAAUACUUUUACGGAUGACCAAUGCGACGAGGUUUUUGGAAUUGCGACGGAUGGAGAGACCAACGCGUUCUUCGGUAGCGUCUUGUACAUUUUGUACCAAACGAUUUUGUAUUUUUAAAAUGUCUUAAGGAAUCGAUAUUCGCAGAAACGCGAUACGGACCAUUAUUUCUGCGAACGUGAAUCAAUGUACAUACUUUACACGCACACAUAUACAUAUAGAUAUACGUACGAGUAAGUCGCGUUUUUCACGGGACACUGACUGCGAAUACGACACGUACGGCUUCGUUUCGUCGACGUUUGUCUGCAAAAUUGAUCUCGAGCACUAAGUAACGGGAACGAAGUUCGAGAAACGUGCCAAAUCGAGGAAAAAAAAAAAGAGUAACACUUCUGACGAAUCUAAUCGCGAGACGGCGUUGAGCAUUCCUGAACGAAAAUGAAAAUAAACGAUAACAAUUGUGCCGUAGGAAUUGCAAGAAUAAAAUGAUAAAACACUACCAAAAUCCGUUCACGAAUGGGCCGCAGCUAAUUAUUAGGGGUCAAUUUAUUUUUCGAAUCUCAAGGUCGAUGAUUGUUUAUAUUGUAUGUACUUAUGUCGAAUUUUAACGAAAAGAAAUUGUAUCUAUAUUGUGAAUAUGUGAAUUUAGAUAGAUCAAUACAUUGCGAUCAGUACAAUCGAU